UUAGCCGACUUCCCAUAGUGCCUCUCGAGUGGCGGGCAUGAUAGCCAAGUCGGGGGGUUUGCACGCGUGUUCGAGUGGUCUUUGUUGGGGGUUGUUGUUUUGUGCCCGGAGGCUCUACGAGAUUGGGGCCAGGUCACUGUCUUGUCCGCUGGUGCUAUGGCGCUUUUUCGGGGCGUGUGGCGCGUGCUGAGUUCCCUGGGAAAGUCCGGAGCGGAGCUGUGUGCCGGCUGUGGAAGUCGACUGCGCCUGCCCUUCAGUUUUGUGUAUAUACCGAAAUGGUUUUCGUCCACCCUGGCUAGUUAUCCAAAGAAACCCUUGACUUCAUACCUUCGAUUUUCUCAAGAACAGCUACCUAUAUUUAAAGCUCAUAACCCAGAUGUGAAAAAUACAGAACUAAUUAGAAAAAUCGCCGAGCUAUGGAGGGAACUUCCUGAUGCAGAGAAAAAGAUAUAUGAAGAUGCUUACAAGGCUGACUGGCAGGCAUACAAAGAAGAGAUAAACAGAAUUCAGGAACAGCUAACUCCAAGUCAGAUCAUAUCUUUGGAAAAAGAAAUCAUGCAAAAACGUUUAAAAAAGAAAUCAUUAAUAAAAAAGAGAGAGUUAACAAUGCUUGGAAAACCAAAAAGACCUCGCUCAGCUUAUAAUAUUUUUGUAUCUGAAAGCUUUCAAGAAGCUAAGGAUGGUUCAUCACAGGCAAAGCUGAAGACUGUAAAUGAAAACUGGAAAAAUCUGUCUAGUUCUCAAAAGCAAGUAUAUUUUCAGCUUGCUAAAGAUGAUAAAAUUCGUUAUGAUAAUGAAAUAAAAUCUUGGGAAGAACAAAUGGUCGAAGUUGGACGAAGUGAUCUUCUACGUCGCAAAACAAAGCAACAGACAGAAAAAUGCACUGAGAAGUGUUAAAAUAGAAGAUUGAGUUCUGUUUACGAUGGAGAGGCACAAGAAACCAAUUAGGUCUCAAUACCUGAAGUUAUUGUAAAAUUAGAAAGGAUAAAGUUGGUAAACGUUUUAUAUUCAAUUCCUUUUUUCUUUAGCCCAUGGACUUCUGCCAGUUCAAUACAUUUUGUAUUAGUAUCUUGCUUUGGAUACUAAACAGAUAAAAAAGUUCACAUGAAAUUUAUUUUGUGUUUAGGAGCUACUGAGGAUCAAAAUAAUCCAUGCAAAUGAACAGUGAAACAUUUUACCUUUGAUAAAGGUAAAUCAGACUGUGAAGUUUUUUUUAUACUGGAUGAUAACUAUGGAAGAGAGUAUUCUUGUUUCCUUAUAUUAUGGAGGUAGGAGUUACCUUUUUAAAAUUGUCAAAAAUUGUAGAAGCCACAGUGCUCUAUGAUAUGUGCAUUUUUUAAAAAGCAGCCAGAACUCACUAGGUAAAUUCCCCUUCCUAGGUAUAAUUCAUACUAUAUUUAGGGUUGGUGGUCAUACAUGCAAAUGAUUUCUGUUUUCAGUUGCAACUUUUUAUGAAGGGACUGAGAGAUUUAUAAACCUUUUUCUCAUUGUCUUUUUUUUCUCUAAAGUAAAAGCUAAGA